AUGGGCGCAGCCAUCUUGGUCUCGCUUAAUCUCGCCGUGCGGGAGAAUCUCCGAGAGUUUCUGAUUCUGAAAAGAAAGGAACUAAAGAUGCGGCUUGACAAAUACAUCUCAACUUUUACAGUUGUUUUUUCUCUACUCUGGACUUUCUGUUUAACAAAGCAAAAAGUGAGAGAAUUGCCAUACCAUGGACGCAUGCAUACAUUUUCAUCAAAUAGAAGAACGAAGCAUGUUCAGUUUCCAACACAUUCACAGAAAUCUAUACCAGAAUCGGAAAGGGGAAGAGAUGUGAUUCCUCCAUGGGUAUGGAUUAAUAAACCUAUAUUGAACAACCAUGACUUUAUCAAGGAAAUGUUGGUGUUGAAUGAGAAUAUGAGUCACACGAAUGUGAAACAGUUGAUCAACAACACAGGAAGAGAAUUUGAAAGUGUUGACAUAGCCAGUUGGACAAAAACAGAAGAUGGGUUUAUAAAGAUAGAACAGAGUUAUUCAGACCACAUGGCGAACGUUCUUGCCCCCAGCAGUGGCUGCGAACCCAAACCGACAGAAGUGGCGAUGCCCGUUGACCGAGACCCAUACGUGAUCAUUUGGCCUGCCUGUACACCUGUCCCUCGUUGUGGUGGCUGUUGUGGGAACCCCAUGUUAGUCUGUGCACCCACAUUAGCUGAGAAAAUGACUCUGAAGGUCCUCAAAGUCAGAUACCGGAUCGGAACAUCGAACUUUGAAUACCAGAAAUUUGAUGACGUUGUAGUGGAGAAACACUUAGCUUGCAAAUGUCAGUGCCGGGUCCAACCGUAUGACUGCAAUUCCCGCCAGUACUACCACGAGCCUUCCUGCAGUUGUAAAUGUAAACGGGAAUACAUGACGGCGGGCUGUUACGACAGACGGAAGGUGUUUGAUGAAAAGUCGUGCGAGUGUGUCUGCGCCCAUCGGGAGAUGUGCGACGAUGGAUACUUCUUUGAUGAAAAUAUUUGCAGAUGUAUAAGCAAAAAGAACCCAGCUUCAUAUCUACAUCGACAGGUUGGCUCAGAUCUUGAUUCUAGCCUGCCGAGGGCAACACAAGCACCACAAUGUCUGUGCCCGAAGGGCUUUGUAUCCAGACCAAACAGGGUUGGUGGUUGUGUUUGCCGGCUGGACACAAGUUCUAGUCGACAAGUCUCGAGCAGUCAGAAGGAAGAACGCCCUGCGAACCAACCACCCGUUCCAGUGCCUGUUGAUCAACACACACCUAACGAAGAAGUCCACGUACCUGUGGAACAGUUCGGUGGAGAUUUUGGGUUCCAACCACCAGGAUUAGACGGGCGCUAAUCCAGCAUUGUGAGAGAAAGUUGCCUGUGGUCCACAUUCUGUUAUUUUUGUUGCCUUUCGAGUAUGAUGAUUUCCUCAUGAUAAAGGGACCAAGAGAUUGAUUUUUGUUUUGUUUUGAUGAUUUAAGGCCAGGUCUGUUUCUGGCCUCGAUUGAAAUCUCCAGUGUACACCCCUCUCCACAGGUGGCAGUAGCUUAGGGGGACAUUGCAAUCAAGCGACUAGGAAUUUGACUCGCACUGUCAUUGAGGCCCGGUCGUGCAUGAAUCAACCAGUGCUGCCACCUAGACUUCCAGACUUGUCUUUGCAUAUUUGAGACUAAGUUCAACAUUUAGCAAUACAAGGAGAUACUUAAAAUGAAAAUGAAAGUUAUAUUUUCAAUUAUCAAAAGCUACAUGUAUUACUUAGAAAUGAUUCACCCUAACUCUUAGAAAUGACUCGCUUAUGGCUCUUUGACCACUUAGGACGAUAUGAGACUACAAGUACUAAUAUAUUAUAUUACAGUUUGUGACUUUGACCACAUAUAAUAGCGGUGGAUUAGCUUACUAAAUUACUGAAAAAUGACUUGCUUGUGGCUCUUUGAAAAAAAGAGUAUAUUACGAGGUGACUUAAAUUGACAAUCUCAAUAUAUGUUAUAAAAAUGACUCGCCCUAGCAAUUAGAAAUGACUAAUGACUGAGCUCCUGGUACUCACAAAGUAUCCUAGUUCAAAAUGACUCAUCUUAACUCUUAAUCUCUAAAUAUUAGUUGGAAAUGACUUGCUUUAACACUUUAAAAUAACUCAAUUUAUGACUCUUGGAAUUAGAAAGUAUCGCAGUUAAUUCUGAGAAAUGACUCUUUUAACACUGGAAUGACUCAUUAACACUCUCGAAUGACUCAUUUAACACUUCGAUAUGACUCAUUUAACACUUCGAUAUGACUCCUCAUCUAACAGUAAAGAAUACUCGCCUCAGCACGGAUUUGUUAUGUACAUAAGGACUCAUUUAUGUUUAAAUCUUUAUAUUUGUAUUACAUCUAGUCAGUUUUAUAACCCAACUGUUGACAUCUUGGAGUUUUCAAGGUCUGGUUGAGCAGUACUUGUGAAAUGUGACACCUGCAUGGGUUGAAAGAUCCGCUUCUGUUAGGACAUGUCUCAGAGAGGAGUUGUGAUAUUUGUUGGGGGGGGGGGGCUAAACACUCAGUUGAUGCAACAAAUUUAGGAAACCACCUUAUUGGUGAGGGGGAGUAUUAUGAUUGAACUUUGUGGGUAUUUGUUAAAAUUAUUUUGACCUGACUGAUAUUACUAUUGCCAGCCCACCAGUCCUUGAAAAGUGUAAGCAUUAUGGAACUAUAAGUAGUUUUAGUUAUGAUAUAACUUUUUGUUUUUUGGACCAAAUUGGCAACAACGUUGUGUAUAUAAAUCACAAAUGCAUAUUGCGUAUAACUGGUGCUACUCAUCAACUCUGUCUUCAUUGUAAAUAAUCCAACACGACUCGGCUUGGUUAAUUUUCCUGGAGUUGAACGGGACUUUUGAAAAUUCAAGAAAAUUUACCAGUUUGAGCUUAGUGAUGUAAAAUUGUAGUGUUUUUAAUGAAAGUGUAAAAUUUGUUGUGGCAGAUAUUACUGCUUGAAAAAAAUUGCACUUAGUAUUGCAUCAUAUAUGUGAAGUUGCUUAAAUUUGUAGUUUCAAAAAAAUAUAUGCACAGAAAAUCACCUGAUCAAGCUGCAUUCAGCCUGUGGGAGGAAGGGGGCUCUCAUCGUUUACCUUCCCUCAAUAUUUUUUGUACGUCUCUGUAUCGUUUCUGGUGGUAAACUAAAAAUGGAUCCAGAGAUCCAAUAUCUUAAACUUUAAGAGCAACUCAGAUGUCAGAACAAGCGUACACAAACACCAGAAACAGACUUUUUUGCCACGCCUACUCCUUUUGUCGUUGAAACCAAUCCUUUGUCGAGAUUAAAAGUGCGAUGAUUAAAAACAAGUUGAGUGAAUGUUGUAAGUUUGUAAAAUUCGAAAAGAACUGUUUUGUUUUGUACAGCAUUGUAUGGCUGAAGUACUGUAUGUAUGGCUCUUGAUGUUAUAAUUGUCUUUUUAGAUACAUCCUCUAUGUCACAGACAGUAUACAUGUAUAUGAUACGAUAAGAGUUUGAAAAUACAGUGGAACCUCCCUUAGCGGACACCUCUCUAUUAAGGACAACCUCUCGAUUAAGGACAUUAGGUUUGGUCCCAAAUUGGUUGCUUCCAUUCAAUUUGACCUCUCUAAUCAGUACACCUCUCUAUUAUGGACAGCACUUGUCAGUCCCGAGGGCGUCCUCAAUAGAGAGGUUCUACUGUAUUGAAACUGUGAACUGCCAAAUUUAAGUGGGUAUUUUACUUUUUGCGGAAUUCAAUUACGAAAGGAAUAAAACAGGCACAGAAAUUAGAUGGUUUACGAUCAUUUGCUGAUUGGUACCUUUGUGGUUGUUUUGAUAUUUGUAAAUACAUGUAACAUGAGAAAGCACCAGUAACUUUAAAGUCACAUAUGUAUUGAUAUGACAAUCAUAAAAAAACACAAAAAUGUUUCAAAUUUUUUUAUGAAAGAAACCAAAGCAUUAUUGCAUGUAAUGUAUCAGAAUGACAAGGAGGUAUUGCUAUUUUAAAAAAUUGUACUGUAAUAAUGAAAGUUUUGCAUUCAAUUGACUUCAGAAAUUCUGAUACAACAAUUGCUACCAGUAACUGGUAUCAUUUGAAACUGUACAAAUCUUGUCUAUGACCGAGUGUGUUUCGGUCUUCAGCCAUGACAAUUUGAUGAGGGGCAGUCUCUUGUUUCUUCUUUAUAUAAUGUACAUGUAUGUAUUUAAUAUUCUUCCAGCUCAUUUUAAUGAUAACCUUAACACAAAGAAAUCAUUGUUGAAGUGCAAGUUUUAAGUUGUAAGUCCCAAGAGAUACCUUACGGGCCUGUACACAGUGAUAGUUGGAGUGUUUUUGUGGAGUUGGCGCUAUCCGCAUGAAAAGUAGUAUCAGUUUGAUCCCAAAUAUGCGAGUUGUAACCCCAUCACCUGCCAGUCACGUCCAUCAUGAUGAAUACCCCUUUUUGAUAGAUGGAGACAGCUAUCUUUUGUUCUAGGUACAAAUUAACAUUGGGUAGGGAUGGCAACUUCAAUGGCAAAAAGUAGUGCAAGGGGAGUAGUGAAGGUUUCAUUUGUAUACUUCUUGCAUGUCAUGUUUAGCUUUAGUGAAUAUGUUUUGUUUUAAGCCAGCAUUUGACAAGAUCUUUGCAAUAGAUUCAAGUUGUUGUCUUUGGGAUCUCCCCUUGAAUUUGAGCAUUUCAGAGGCUGGUGUCACCAAGAUUGUUACAGCAGCUGCCAAUGCAGUUUAGGCUGGUAUGUCUUCAGAGUCUGGCUUAGCACAUAAACUGACCUCCCCGAGGUACUCUCGGUUUAUAGAUUUGCAUCAACAAGUGUAUCUAUGCAAAAAUCAUUGAAUUAUGAAUAAAUCUUUUUACAUA